AUGAACGAUGUGGAUGUAUCGAAUCAGAUCCAGCAGAUGGUGAGAUUCAUCCGCCAAGAGGCUGAGGAGAAGGCAAACGAGAUCUCCGUCUCCGCUGAAGAAGAAUUCAACAUCGAGAAGCUGCAGCUAGUCGAGGCGGAGAAGAAGAAGAUCAGGCAAGAUUAUGAGAAGAAGGAGAAGCAAGCUGAUGUUCGCAAGAAGAUUGAUUACUCGAUGCAGCUAAAUGCGUCAAGGAUCAAAGUUCUUCAAGCGCAGGAUGAUAUUGUCAACGCAAUGAAAGACCAAGCAGCUAAGGAUCUUCUCAAGGUCUGUGCUGAUGAGGAUGCCUACAAACAGCUCCUCAAGGAUCUCAUUGUUCAGUGUUUGCUUCGGUUGAAAGAACCUUCUGUGUUGUUGCGUUGCCGUGAGGAGGAUUUGGGUUUAGUUGAAACUAUUCUUGAGGAUGCAAAGGAGGAGUAUGCUGGUAAAGCAAAUGUUCAUGCUCCAGAGGUUGCCGUGGACACCACGAUAUUCCUUCCACCUCCUCCUACCUCUAGUGAUCCUCAUGGUCUCCACUGCUCUGGAGGUGUUGUGUUAGCUUCUCGUGAUGGAAAAAUUGUGUGCGAGAACACACUUGAUGCGCGUCUUGACGUGGCUUUCCGUAUGAAACUUCAAGUGAUCCGUAGGUCGUUGUUCGGCCAAGUUGCUGCCUAA